GGUCUCUCGUUUCCGGUGAUGGAGGUCGUGGGGACGUUCGACAUUUUGUUAGCCUUUUAGCAAAACAGAAGACUAGUCCUAAGAAAACGUGAAAGUAAAGUAAAUUUCUAUCCUAAAACUCAUCAUGUGGUAUGAAAUAUUGCCCGGCUUUGCUAUCAUGACAGUGUGUUUAAUGAUUCCUGGCAUCGCUACAACACACAUUCACAAAUUCACCAAUGGAGGAAAGGAAAAAAAGAUUGUUCGAGUUCCCUGGCACUGGUACCUCCUGGAGAGAGACAGGCGUGUGUCUGGAACUGGACGUCAUUACGACUCCAAGGGGCUUGAGAACAUCCACUAACUUCCAGACCUUCAAGUGAAGAAUGUUUGUUGUAAAAAGCUUUCCACAUUUAUUUCUGUUGAAUAAAUUGUAUGAAAUAAUAGUUUUAAAUAAAUGAUGAAAAUGUGUGAACAAA